AUGUCCGCAGAUAAACAUAUAAAAACAGUGGUAUUGGAUGCUGGGCCAUUAAUCACACAACCAGCGACAACAUUACAACAGUAUGCUCAAGAAUAUUACACCACACCCGGUGUUCAUUCCGAGUUAAAAGAUGAGUAUGCUCGCCAACAGUUGAUACUCUGGGGAGAUCAAUUAAAGAUUAAGCAACCUUCACAGGGCAGUAUCGACAAAGUGAUCAAGUUUGCUAAAUUAACAGGUGAUUACAGUGUUUUAUCAGUCAAUGAUUUGCAUAUUAUUGCCUUGGCUUAUGAAUUAGAGAUUCAAAGUGGAGGAAAAUUGAGAAGCUUUCCUGGCGAAGUGUUGGAAGGACAAGAAAAAGAUGCACAAGAGACAUUAACUGAGAAAAAUGGGGCUUCAGGUGAUGGGUUUGCUCCAGUGAAGAAGGGCCGUAAAAGAGGUGGAAAGAGACAAAGAGAAAAGAGGGAGGCUGAGUUGAGGAGAUUGCAGGAGGAAGAAAAGAAGGAAGAAGAUGCCUCUUCUGAGCAUAUCGAGCAAACUGAUAAGCAAACUGAUAAGCAAAUUGAUUCAAACUCAGCUGCUACAGAGGGGAAAAACAAACAGGACUCAGGGGAUUCUUUUCAACAGGAUAAUUCUAAAACACAGCAAAAUGCCACUGUAGAUAUCAAAGAACCCACUCAGCAAGAUAUAAAUGAAGAAUACAAUGAAUCAGAUGACGAUGGCGACUGGAUCACACCAGAGAAUUUACGAGAUGAAAUAAUCAAGGACCAGAAUGAGAAAAUUCUAGAUACUCCAAUUGAAAACAAGUUGAUCAAUGUGGCUUUAGCUACCGGAGAUUUUGCAUGUCAGAAUGUAUCCAUCCAAUUAGGCAUCAACUUGCUAAACACCAUGUCAGGUAAGCAAAUCAAGAGAGUGCGUAAUUACAUGUAUCGCUGCCAUGCGUGCUUUAGACUCACACCUAUCAACAAGGAUGGCAAACCAAAACAUUUUUGUCCAAAAUGUGGAGGUGAUACUUUAAUAAGAUGUGCCGUUUCAGUUGAUAACAAGACUGGUAGAAUCACUCCUCAUUUGAAGGCCAAUUUUCAAUGGAUCAAGCGAGGUGAACGGUACUCACUCCCAUCGCCAUUGAGCAAAAAUCAACAAAGAUUACAAGGUAGAGGUGGACACCAGCACAAUAAAGAAAACAGACACAAAUCACAGCAAAACCCUUUGAUACUAAGAGAAGAUCAAAAGGAGUAUCAACAAGCAUUAAAGAAUGAUGAGUGGGAAAGAAGACAAAAUGAAAAGAUGUUGCAGGAUUGGAUUGGAGGAGGAAGUGCUGAUAAUUAUGUUAGUCCCUUUGGUACUGCCAAUACUAUUAGACCCAGUGGUGUACGUGUUGGUAAAGGCAGAUAUGUCAAUUCCUCUAAAGGUAAGAGAUAA